UAGUGAGAGACGGGGGCGAGGGAGGGAAAAAAUACUCGGCACACAAAGAACAACAUAUACGCAGUUUCGUCUAAGCAUACUGUCCAUUUUCUGGCAUGUCAGCUAACACCAAUGUCCUCAUUCCCGUCCUUCUCUUCUUCUUCCCUCUUUAAAUCCUUCCUCGAAAAAACUAUAUCGCUCCAUUAAAAUUCUUAAUUGGAUCUCUCACCUUCUUCUCUUUUCUCCAUCAUUUAUUAUGGACUGCUUCGAGUCAUCCUUAGCCGAGGCGCCCUCUAUCGCCUACGCUCUCCUGUUCAAGGUCGCUAUGGCCAUACCCACACUACACUACUUGUUUGGACUGGCAUUAGUUUGUUCGGUUUCCCUGUACAAUUUUUUGGAGCUCCAUUUUCUUCAGGAUCUUCUCUCCGGGUUCCGCGGAGAUCCCGUUUCUCUAACCUACAACCCCUGCUCAGAGAUGUACCAUGGAGUGGUCUCUAAAUGUCGUGUUAUUCAUGGCAGGUAUCUGGCAACACCUUGGCUCUCUAGCCCACACCUCCAAACGUCCUUCAUAAACUUCUUUGGGCGGCCUCCAGUUUUCAGAUACAGAAGACAAAUUUUCUAUGCAUCUGACGGUGGGACUUUAGCUUUGGAUUGGGUUUUGAAGUCUGAUGUUUCUGGAAAUGCUACUGACAAGAACAUUGCCAUAUAUAAGGAUGAUGCGACACCUCUCGUGGUAGUGAUACCAGGAUUAACAAGUGACUCUGCUUCCCCAUACCUAAAGCAUCUUGCCUUCAACACAGCAAAAUGUGGAUGGAAUGUUGUUGUCAGCAAUCAUCGAGGGUUAGGCGGUGUAUCAGUCACUUCCGAUGCUCUUUAUAACGCAGGAUGGACAGAAGACAUAAGAAAUAUCCUCAAGUAUCUGCAUAAGGAGUACCCAAAAGCUCCAAUAUUUGUUAUUGGUACCAGUAUUGGUGCUAAUAUUCUGGUCAAAUAUCUCGGUGAAGAUGGGGAUAAUGUUCCUGUUGCAGGGGCUGUAGCAGUGUGCUCUCCUUGGGAUCUCUUGAUUGGUUCUAGGUUCAUAUCUCGUAGGCUUGUGCAGAGGUUUUAUGAUAGGGCUCUUACUAUCGGUCUUCAAGGUUAUGCUCAAAUGCAUGAACAUCACUAUUCUCGACUUGCUAAUUGGGAAGGGAUUGUAAAGUCACGCACAAUACGUGAUUUUGACACUCAUGCCACCUGUCUUGUUGGGAAAUUUGAGACUGUGGAUUCAUACUAUAGGUACUGCAGCAGUUCGGCUUAUGUUGGGCGUGUUUCUGUGCCUCUACUCUGUAUCAGUGCGUUGGAUGAUCCCGUGUGCACAGCUGAAGCCAUUCCUUGGGAUGAGUGCAGGGCGAAUAAGAAUGUAGUUUUAGCCGUGGCAAAGCAUGGAGGACACCUCGCCUUUUUUGAAGGACUUGCUGCAUCUAGCUUGUGGUGGGUGAGAGCAACCAAUGAAUUCAUUGGUGUUUUACAUUCCGGUCCCUUCAUGCACAAACCAAAGCAGCAGAAAGAAAAUCGCAACCUGCAUUCUCAAUCAAUGGAGUGUUCGUCAAUCGAUCAAGGACCAUACAUUAACAUGACAGAUGGAAUGGUUGCCCCAAUGAAAAAUAAUGACCAAACAUCAGAGAUUGUUAAGGAUGAAGAAGAAGAAGAAUAUGCGCAACGAUUGAAGAUCAUAACAGCAGCAUCACAGGGAGGUGCUGAUGGAGGUGAUGUAAUAGAAUCUGACAAUUUAACUCCUGAUUUGAGUGGUGAUGAUAGCAAGGUGGUCACUAGUAGCUUUGUGAAAAGUUGCGUAAGUCACCUAAGACAGCAGAGUAGGAGAUCAUUGUGGCUUCUUGCUUACAUUGCGCUGGUGUCAUCCUGGUCACUGGCAGCUCCAGCCCUUAGUUUCCUUUUUAAGAAAAGGGCCAAGAAAGUCAUGCCUGCCAAACCCCACUAGAAUUAGCCAUGUCUCUUCUUCAAAUGUAAAGUGUUAUUGUUUUUCUACAAUAAUAUAAUAUACUCCGUACAUAUGUAUUAUAUGCCCCUCAUUGUGGCUUAUCAUAUACGGGGUAUAUACUUUUAAUAAGCUCAAACUUUAUAGAAGAUCAGGGGUAAAAAAC